AUGGCAGACCUACAACUAUAUCAAUGGAUAUGGCCUCUCCGCCAGCCCAGCCGCACACGACCAACCGACAAGCCCAUGGCCGUACUGGGCCUGGGCAUGCCUCGCACUGGGACUGAAUCCCUUAAAGCCGCGCUGGAAGAGCUGGGCUACGCGACAUACCACGGCUUCGAGCCAGCAGGCAAUCCGGGCGACUGUGUGACCUGGUGUAAUCUGAUCGAGCAGAAGAACAAGACGAAGACGAUGAAGAUGACGACGACGAAAACUGCUGGAAAAGUAGAACCCCUAACAGCAAAAGAUUUCGACAAAGUGCUCGGCCAUUGCCAGGCCGUCUCCGACACGCCGAGCAUCUGCUUCGCCGACGAGAUGAUAGCCGCCUACCCAGACGCCAAAACCAUCCUAAACUACCGACCGAACAUCGACGCAUGGCAAAAGAGCAUCACCGCCGUCGUGGGCCGCAACGAGGCACUCAUCGGCACACUGAUAAAAAGGGUUCUUGUCUUGUUCUCCCCAGAGCUGUUCUGGCUACAACAACACGUCAACCGCAUCGAUUUCGAUACGUUGUGGCGCGGGGAUAUCAUUGCAAACGCUACCACCGUAUACAAGGAACAUUAUGCCCAUUUGGAGAAAACUGCGCCGCCGGAGCGUACGCUGCGCUGGUGUGUGCAGGAUGGAUGGGAGCCGUUGUGUGAGUUAUUGGGGAAACCAGUGCCGAACAAGCCGUUUCCGCAUAAGAAUACGCCCGAGGAGCAGCAAAAGGUGCUGGCAAAGAGGCUGUGGCCGUUGGCGAGGGAUGCGAUCUUGAGGUUUGUCUUGACUAUGGUGGUUGUUGCGGCCGGCGGCUGCUGGCUGUGGGCGAGAUGGAGGUGA